UUUCCGGAGCAGGACGCUUUUGUCUGCGUCACUUCCUGUUCUGCGUGAGAAAGAGGCCUGUGUCGGGUCCAGUUUUUAAUUUUGUUCUGGUGAAUCCGGCGAGAAUCGGAGCCAUCAGAGCCGCAAACAUGACGGUGGGAAAGAGCAGUAAGAUGCUGCAGCACAUCGACUACAGGAUGAGGUGCAUCCUGCAGGACGGACGGAUCUUCAUCGGGACCUUCAAGGCCUUCGACAAACACAUGAACCUGAUCCUGUGCGACUGCGACGAAUUCAGGAAGAUAAAGCCGAAGAACACGAAGCAGCCAGAACGUGAGGAGAAGAGGGUUCUGGGUUUGGUUCUGCUGCGAGGGGAGAACCUGGUCUCCAUGACGGUAGAGGGCCCACCCCCCAAAGACACGGGGAUCGCCCGGGUCCCCCUGGCUGGCGUGGCCGGAGGUCCAGGUAUGGGCCGAGCAGCGGGUCGCGGCGUUCCGGCAGGAGCUCCCAUGCCUCAGGCUCCGGCCGGACUGGCGGGACCGGUCCGAGGAGUGGGCGGUCCUUCUCAACAGGUGAUGACCCCGCAGGGCAGAGGGACGGUCGCUGCUGCCGCCGCAGGAGCCAGCAUCGCCGGGGCGCCGACUCAGUACCCUCCGGGACGAGGAGCUCCGCCCCCAAUGGCCCGUGCCGCUCCGCCUCCAGGUAUGAUGGGCCCGCCCCCCGGCAUGCGGCCCCCGAUGGGCCCUCCAAUGGGGAUGCCUCCCGGUCCGGGUCGUGGCGCUCCAAUGGGGAUGCCCCCUCCUGGCAUGAGGCCCCCGCCUCCUGGGAUGAGAGGACCGCCCCCUCCGGGAAUGAGGCCACCUCCCAGACCUUGAAGCUCCGCCCCUUCCCUCAUUGUAUAGAUUUAUUUUUGUUCUUCCUUCCUAGUUUGUGUUUUUUAAUAAAGUUUUCUCAGACUCAA